AUGAAUUAUCCGAGUAUCGGCCAACGAUUAGAUAUUGAAAAUGAGAAGGUUUGGAUGAGGCUUGCCAAACUUGCCGAUGCCAUGAACGAGCCCGAAAAGGCCAUUCAAUACUAUGAAAGAGUACUUCAAUACAAUCAAUAUAACGUUCCAGCAUUGACAAGUGUUGCUUCAAUUUACAGAAUGAAAGACCCUCCAGACUUUCCAAAAGCUGUCGAAUACUAUCAUCGUGCUCUCUCAACAGAGGACAACAAUACAGAGAUUUGGGGAAAUCUAGGACAUUGCUUUUUAAUGAUGGAUGAUCUCACAAAGGCUUACACAGCCUAUCAUCAAGCAAUAUAUAAUGCUAAAUUACAAAACAAGACAAAACAAGAUCCACAUUUGUGGUACGGAAUUGGUAUUCUCUAUGAAAGAUAUAAUAGUUUGGAUAAUGCUGAGGAGGCUUUUAGAAGUGUUUUGAAAAUGGAUGCACAAUUUGAGAAAAUUAACGAAAUUUACUUUCGUCUCGGUAUUAUUUACAAACAACAGAAAAAGUAUGAACAGAGUUUGGAGUGUUUUGGACGUAUUCGUAAGAAUCCACCACCUCCUUUGACUGAAGCGGAUAUUUGGUUCCAAAUUGGACACGUUUACGAAUUGAAGAAGGAUUUUCAAGAAGCAAAGAAUUCCUAUGAAAAAGUUCUACAAUUUAAUUCCAAUCAUAGCAAAGUUCUUCAACAAUUGGGUUGGCUUUAUCAUCAAAACACCGAGUUCCAAAAUCAAGAUAUUGCCAUUCAUUACUUGCAAAGAUCGAUCGAUGCAGAUCCAAACAGUGGACAAACAUGGUAUUUAUUGGGAAGAUGUUUCAUGGCACAGAAAAAGUAUCGAUUUGCCUACAAUGCUUACCAACAAGCUGUGUUUAGAGAUGGAAAAAAUCCAACAUUUUGGUGUUCCAUUGGAGUUUUGUAUUAUCAAAUUAAUCAGUAUAGAGAUGCAUUGGACGCUUAUACUAGAGCCAUUCGUUUAAAUCCAUAUCUAAGCGAAGUUUGGUAUGAUUUAGGUACUCUCUACGAAUCAUGUAAUCAAAUUCCUGAUGCAUUGGAUGCCUAUCAACGAGCAGCUGAUUUGGAUCAAAACAAUGAACACAUUCAACAACGAUUAAUUUUCCUCAAAUCCAUGGAUAGAAGCAAUCCACAGCCAGAAGAAUCCAAGAACUUGACAGCUGUUGAGCCACCCACUGCUGCCUCUCAAUAUCAAUCUGGAGGUGGAUAUUUCUCGAACAAUGCUCCCUCACAAUCGAAUCCACAAGCACAACCUGGUUCAGCAAACUAUCAGAAUUCGCCUUACUAUCCGCCAAAUGCUCCUCCUCCAAAGCUUUCCAUGGAUUCCAUGCCACCAUCGAGUACUCAUACCUCCUCUGUGAAUGGACAACCAUACAAUGCACCUGGCAGUAAUGUCACUGCUGGAGCAUCGUUGCCACCUGUGAAUUUACCACCCACACCUCGUUCCUCUGAGCCACCUGGUGUUCCACCACCAUCAGCCAUGUCUACAGGAAGUAUGAAUGAUCGAUUACCACCACCAGUACAACAACAGCAGCAAUAUGGUGGUAGUACUGGUGCCGCCAACAAUGCAUACGGAUCUUAUCAGAAUCCACCCAAGUCAGCAACAUCCACUGGUAGUGGUGGAGGUUUUGGACCAGUAUCCUCUCAGCCUCAAUCCUCGCCUAAUCAACAAUCACAAUAUUCAGGACAAGGUACACCCUAUGCUGGUCAACCUCCUCCAUACACCUAUCCUCCACAAUCAUCGUCACAGACUAUUGUACCUCCAAGUACAACUAAUUUAGGAGAGACUUCACCUUUGAAGAGAAGAUUAAGCCCCUUACCACAACCAUCUGAACAUCAAAGUGAUGUGAAACGGGUCAAACAAACUCCAAAGAAUGACGCCGACAGUGAAGACGACGAAGAUGACCAAGAUCAAAUGGUGAUUCACGAACCAGAAGAUUCAGAACCAACAUCCACUGCUCAAACUACUCCAAAAAUUGUUGGUACGACCUCAGAUGCCCAUCAAGAAUCAGAGCCACCAGUCGGUAAGGCAAAGAGUAGAUUUGUUAGAACCAAGAAGCUUAAUGAAAAUUCAGAAGAAAAAGAUUAA